UUUUUAAUCUUUUCCAUUACCGUUAAUCCUGUUACUACCUGUACUACUCUAGGAUUCCCUCUGACAAUUUCAUCGCUGUGCUAAUAAGGUAUCGCAACUUGAACCAAUAUAUACAGGUACCAGUUUCUGCGUUACAACUGGUUGACUGUGCAUUAAUGUUCACUACAUUUCUAAUUAAAUUAAAUUCAGAUUAACCUUUUUUCUUUUUGAAUUUCAAUCGUACAGAUUGCUAGUGGUAUGUCGUAUUUGGAAGAAAUGAAUUCUGUUCACCGAGAUUUACGUGCAGCUAAUAUCUUAGUGGAUCAAGAUUACUCAGUUAAAGUUUCAGAUUUCGGAUUGGCUAAAAUUAUUAGCGAUGAUUCUCAUGCUGAUCCAAAUACUAAAUUUCCUAUUAAGUGGACAGCUCCAGAGGCGGCUUUACAGCAUAUCUUUAGUAUAAAGUCUGAUGUAUGGUCGUUUGGUAUAUUGAUGUAUGAGAUAGUCACUUACGGUGGAACGCCUUAUCCAGGUUCAAAUACUAACUGUCAUUGUUUAGAUAAUCCUUCCCCUCAUAUUAACAGUAACCUUCAUCAAACAGUCUCCCAAAGUGUGAGCAUACUAAUUUGUACAAUGGUUGCUCAGUUAAAUUAAACUGAGUUGCAAUGUUAACGUGAUAUGACAGGUAAUAAUUAAUGCUGAAAAUCAGGUCUCUUUAUUUGAUUGGUGAGUGAGUGACCUACGGAUUCCAACCUCGUACUUAUUAUUAAAUGUCAUCUAAUCACGUCUUCUUGUAUUUAAUAUCUUUGGAGUUAAUCAUGUCAUUUUACUCGAGGUGAAACCUACUUCUUUGCUGCCAUAUGGUUUUUUUAAUAAUAUUUCAUUUGCGGGUGUGCAUCGACACGUCAAUCUUAUGAGCAGCUAUCACUUGAUCGCAUAGUAUGGUUUCGGUUCAUCUGUCAGCCACAUCAUCAUAUUCAUUCGUCAAAUACUGAAACCUAUCCUCCAUAACAGGACCUCAUCCACACAAAUCAUAUUUUCUCACCCGUAAGACUGAUAAACGUUUUUUGUUAGUUGUUACUAUUUAUCGGUCCAUUUCGGCAUUUUUCCAUUCCGCUUCUGUCUAAAAAGUAUUUUCUCGUAACCAAAAUAAUUUGUACUUGGGGAUGUGGGAAAAUACCUAUAACUUUGUUUCCAUAGUCUUAUUGCAUGCAUAUGUGGUUUUUUAAAAUCUGUUCAUUUCUGUCCAUUGUUUUUCUUCUAGGAAUGACUACCCGUCAGACAGUAGCUGAGGUUGAAAAAGGUUAUCGAUUACCUUGUCCUCAUACUCCUGAACAUCCUUGUCCUGAUGACUUAUACAAUCUUAUGCGAAAAUGCUGGGACGCUAGACCAGAGAAUCGUCCUACAUUUCGUUCUUUGUAUGAUGUUUUUGAAAACUGGUCUACGCACACAGAAGCUCAAUAUCUAGAUAACUAGGAUCCAAUCUUCCUUUUUUCUUGAUAAUCAUUCCUAAUUCAUAUUAAUAUUUCACUACGUGUACAUUUCCGGUGAAGUAUUUUUCUUUAUGUGAAUUCUUGGUUUUUCUUUAUGUACAUAUUAAAUAUUCACUUUUUGUGGCCAGACUGUUCAACGUGUAUUGUACAUGCAUCUGUUUAUUGUUUUAUUAGCUACCUCUCUUGUCAUUAAUUUCUCCUCUUUUCUGAUUUUAAAAAAUGACACAGUAUCCUGUUGUCUACAAAUAUAUCCCGCGCCACUAAAUUUCUAUGUAAUACUGAUGUUUUGUGUCCCACAACUCUGUCGUACAUUUAUAUUUAUAUCCUUCCAGUAUUUUAAAAGUUAUACUGCUUUUGCUUUCGUAGGCAAAGAAAAUAGCAAUCGUAAUUUCCGAUGAAUACUUCCAAUUCGCAUAUAGAUUACUAUAUAGGCCUCUGCAUUUUCUCAAAAUCUACUCAUUUUAGCUAAGUUGUGUAUAUCAGUAACACUGCUAAUCGAUUUCGUUUUAUAUGUAUUCUAUAAUUAUUAUUCGGUUUUUGUAAAUUAUGUAUAUCGCAUUUUUAGUGUAACUUUUUUCUGAUCCUCUCAAUAUGCUUUUUUUUCUAGACUACCUUUAAAUAAUUACAUUACCAAACGUUUUUGUUUUUGUGUGUACAAUAUGAAGAGUAAAGUUGGCAGACAAUUCCAGCACACAGCAAAGCUAAUUAUUAUAACAAUGUGCAUCCAGUAUAUCUUAGUUCUUUUCUUUCUUUUUCUAAUGCCUAGUGUAUAUCUGAUGUAACCUGAGAAGUAUCACUAUUCUACUGCUGUAAACAUCUUAUUACGAAUAUAUAUACACCUUUUUAGUUGGAAACAAACUAUUCAAUAUCAGUAUCACUCUACCGUCGUAGAAAUACCUGUAAAUUCUGUGUGUGUUCCAAUCCACUUAGUGCAAGCAAAAAGCAUAUUCAUGCGAUUGUCUAUAUCUAUUUUUAUCGCUCUCUCUCUACCAGUUAAUAUUCGAAUAAAUUAAUGUUUGAUUCAUUUCACUUAGUGGCGUUUCUUUCUCAUAAGGGUGAUCUCAAUACUAGUUGAAUUGGUUCUUGGAUGAGAUUCUUAAUGUCAAUAUGUGCGCAUUGUUGAAUCUGUAUUCAUUGCUCUGAUUGUUAUAUAAAUUAUGAAACUAAAAGAUCCAACAUACAACAUUUUCGCUCUUAUUCUUGUUUCAUGCAUCCUUUUUUAAUUCUGCCACUGUUUAUUUCCUAUGAAUUGAUCAAUGUAUUUCGAUUGUGUGUAUUAUUCUUAGUCUUUCCUUUUAUCCAACCGAAAUGGAAUUUUCGUGUAUAUGAUUUGCGUUGUCUGUUCACAACAAUUAUAAAUAAAAUAAAAUGUACUAAAUUCUA